AUGGCGCCUUCGACAAGUGCCCACCGACGUUCUCACAGCCUUUUGCUGGUGCAAAAGCUGUUGAAUCUCCGGGACGGCGCCAGUCCCCUCACACUCGUACUCGACUCUUUGGACCAGACCGCCUGGCCUUUGAUCCGGGAAUUCUCCCUUAGGGCCAAGCUAUCGAAAACCAAGAUAGUUUUUGUGUCUUUUGCGACUCUCAAAAAGCCAGUCGAGGUGGAUAUCUUCAUCAAAGCUAGGAGAAAGUCACUCCAGGCUCUGAGGAAUGAAAUCGCAGCACAUUGUCCAGACCCCAAGACAGUUGCUCAACCAGGGGUCAAGGCUACAGAAGCGUCAAAAACACUUGUCAUCAUCGAUUCACUAAAUGCUUUGGCAGUGGCAGAGCCGCGGUUACUUGCCGUGUUCCUGUCAAGUAUCGUAACACCAGCUUCCUCGGUCAUUGGGGUCUACCAUGCAGACGUGCCACUGGUGCUACCCAAAAGUGGCCCUGGCUCCUUGAACGAGUACGAGCCGGAGCCCUUGACUGUGCUCCGCCAUUUGGCUACGGCAGUGUUCCGAGUUUCGAAUCUCUACCAGGCCGUAGAGAUCAACAAGGCACGGAACAGGAGUGAGCAGGAACCCGAGUGGGGCCUACGAGAGGGCCGUGAGGGAGUCUUGAUCGGCCUGCAAGGAGCCAUGGCGGGCGAUUCAAGUGGUGGAAUUGUUCUUGAGAUGGAGAUGAGGCGACGGAGUGGCCGUGCCGUAUCUGAAAAGUUUGUGCUAGUGCCUCCUGCAAAUGCUUCUCGAGAAGGCACAAAUGCCUUGGCUAGUGUCAACCUACUAUCGGAUCACCCGGCGUUUGCCAAUCCAACUGCAGGAGAGGCAAACGGUUCUAAUCCUACCGGUACCGAGGAGGAUAUGGAGACUACUUUCAACCUUGGCUUGACUGAGAAGCAACGUCAGGACAGGGACGGUAUAGUGCUUCCCUACUUUGAUGCCCAGACUGAUAUUGGUGGUGGAGAAGGAGGCCGGAUUCUAUAUGAAAUGGGCAGAGAGGAUGAUUUCGAUGAUGAGGAGGAUGAAAUAUGA